AUGUAUAGCAACAAUUCACCUAAUAAGCAAAAUAGUGCUUAAAAGAAGUAAAAUGAAUCAAUGGCUGAUGAAUGCGAAGAUCUCAAGUCAAAUAUCACAACUCCUCCUUCAAAGUAUGAUAUGAAACGCAUGCAAUUACUUUAACUCACCCCAGUAUCUAAUGGCAUCAUUGUCGAUAGAGACACUUAUAUUAAAUAAUACCAAAACAAGGAAGCUAAUAAUCAAACAGCUCAACCUAGUUCACUCAAGUCAUAGGGUGUAUUCGGCUCAGUCUAAUCAGCUUAGAAUUUUCCAAACGUUAACUAAACUCAAACAAAUAUUUAAUAAUAAGGUCUUACACCAUAUAGAAGUAAGAGAAAUCUGUCUAUUAUUGAUGAGUUUAGCAAAGACUCAAUAACUCUUAAUCUCUGUAAUAACUUCAAUAAUUAGAGUUCACUUACUAAUCAAUAGCAAUAGAUAUCAAAUCUUAGCAAUAUGCAAUCUGAUUAUAGCAAUUAAAUGGUAAGCAGCAAUCAAAUUGCAUUAGAAGAUCCAAAUGAAGCCCAAAACGUUCAGAAUGCUUUAAACUUUAGUGAUGAUUAGGAGUAUUUCUUGGUAAAGGAUCAUGAUAAUUUCACUUCUAACAAUGAUUCAAUGAAUAAUUGUGGAUAGUCUAAAUUAGAUGAAAGUAAAGAUGAAGGAAAAGACUCUCAAUAAUCUAGCAAAAGGAUGAAAUGUUGCUAAAAUACUAUGAAGAACAUAGAUUUCACUGAUAUGUAUUUAAACCAAGAAGAAUUUAUAAGAGAAUUUAUCAAGAUGAUAUAUGAAGGAAUUUAACCAGAGGAGUAUACUGAUAAAGAAUUAGAGGCAGUAUUCUAAAUUAUGAUUAGUGAGUUUAUCCAAUUGAUAUUUGAACAUAUCAAUCUCAGAGAUGUAAAUCUAUUGAACCAGAAAGGAAUAAUUGGCUAAAACGGCAAAAGUAAGAGCAUAUAAACUGAACAAUUAGAUUCAAACACUAAUGAAUAAAACAAGGAUAUACUUAUCAAAACCUAGGUUACAGCUUGGCAAGGGUCUACAUUUGAAAUGAUUUAACAGAUGAUCUUGAGUAAUGAUUGCAUACUCAGUUUUUAAGAUGUCUCAAUUAAAGAUAUCAGAGUUAGAGAGGACUUUAAAAUAAUCAGAGCCUGCUUGUCAGGAUUAUUAUUUUCAACGGUUAAAGCUCCUUAAUAGUUAAACUAGAAUGAUAUUUAUCAAGUGAAUGAUGGGAAAUAAGAAUUUGAGGGUGAAAUAUAUCUUAAGCCUUUGAUUAAGCAGGAGCAAAAGCUAUUGAUUUAAAAGCUAAAUUUAAAACUUAAAAAGGGAUUGUAAAAUUAUAAUUGA